CUGUUUAAUCAUAAUGUUGAUGACGCACCAGUAUGAUGCUACAAAAUCACUCCACCGUAAAAAGAAAGAACUUUGGGCAGAUACCGGGUGCAAGAUAUCAACUUGCAAGGAACAGACGCCGGAAAGGGGAAAAACAGUUGACCGCCUCCUCAACUUGGCAGGGUAACAGGAGAGCGCGCUGUGAGCGGGCGCACGUGAGGACCGCACUCGUGCGCGCGCCGCGGACGAAGCCGCUUCCUAUUUUGAAUCCGGAACGUUAACCGUUCCUUUUUCAAAUAUUACAAGCAAUUCAUUCGCUUCUUGAUUUCCGUUAUCUUUGUGCUGGUGAUACAAACUAUUUUGAGGAUUUAGUGCCAGUGUGUCUGUGGGAUACUUCGUGCUCAGAUAACGAAGCAAUUCAUUACUGACCGCAGUUUGGAAAUGGAACAUUCAGUCGGUCGAUUUUAUCAUUAAUUGACCUGUUGCAUUGGACUGGUGUUCAACUGGCAGAUUUGUGAUUGUGACCGACACGUUGACAUUAUUAUUACAUAAGUGUAGUGUUUGAUUUCUUCGGAUUACACCGGUUUCUUCAACUCGGCUGUAUAGCCUUGAUGUCAGUCCGCCCCCAAAGUAAUGGAUAGCCACAGCAGAUCCGCGUCGCCGCGAGACCCGCCGCGGCCGCAGCACCGGCCGCCGUCGCCGCCGUCGCCCACGCCCCAAGGCUUCGACAACAGAGCCUACUCCCACGACGAGGCCGACCCGAACCACAACGACUCUUUCACCUCCAACCCCCCGCAGCAGAAUGGACACAGCAAAGAACCAAACGGAGACACCAAAACGUUAGAAGCCGUCAACCUUGAACUGAUCAACCUCACACCCAAAAAUGGCAGCAAGAAGAAAGAUGUCGAAGUGGACAUGAACGCCACGAACCCUUACGAUGAAUACUUCGUUCCGGUGAACGAGCACAGAAAAUAUAUGAGAGGGGAGAAAUUGUACGUGACAGCAGAUAAACGCGGUGAGAAAGGAGGCUGCAAGCGACCUCUCUGCUGGACACUCUUGGGGCUGGUGAUCGCAGCGAUAGUAGCACUGAUAGUUCUAGCAGCUACCGGUGUGCUUUUCACGAACUCCCCAACCACCGUGGAACAAUACAACUCAUCUGUCAGCAAAGCGCGUGCUCUCGGCGGCCUCGGAAGUUUCAAUGACGACACACCCGCCGUUGAUGUCCACGACCACAGCCAUCACGACCACAACCAAGACGACCACGUGCACGAUGACCACCUCGACCACGCGCAUCCAGCUGAGACCACCACGCAACAAGCAACGCAGAACGACGAGGCUCUCGACAGUAACUUGGGAUCCGACGAAGUCACAGACUCUUCUAUGUAUGUUCCUCGCACUGUGGAAGGUGAAUUGAGAAUCGAUAAUGAAGAGUACACUCCUGAAAUGCAAAACCCUGACAGUUCAGAGUAUCAAGAGUUUGCUUCCACCUUCAGUGAUGCACUAAAACGGGCUCUUUUCGAUAGGAACACCAUAGAAAACGGAAAUAACGACAUCACUGUUGAAGUCAUUGAAAUCAAGAAGGGAUCGUUAUUAGUAACAUACAGAAUACACUGGACUCCGAAACUAAACGCAGAAAGCAGCGAAAAUUUAUUGACAGCAAAAUCGUUACAGACAAAACUGAACGAUUAUCUUUCCAGAAACGACAGAAUGAUUAGUACUUACCAUGUGGCUGAAGAUAAAAUUACAUCAAGACCAGUUCUGGAUUUAUGUAAAUUUAGUAAUAACGAAUGUCAGUACAACUGCGAAUUUGAUGAUACUAGUUUAGAUUUUACAUGCACGUGCCCACCUGGUAAAAUUUUAGAUAUUGCAAAUCCUAAAAAGUGCACUACACUUUUCCCGAACUCCGAGCAAACAGUUUUCGAUGAAGAUAACAAGCAGAAGGACGUGAGUCUCGAAACAAGUACAAAUCCUAGCACAACAAAACCUGUUUCAGAAAACGAAAAGCCAGAUGAUUUUGAAUCUGUAAUGACCUAUUCACAAAAUUCAUUCCAUAAAACAUAUGACACUGAUACAACAACGGAAAAUCAGAACAUCGAGCGUCACAAUAGUCAUGCGCCUGAACCAGAAGCUGAGCCAAGACCAGAGCCUACAUCAGAACCAGAACCUGAACCAAGCACAGAGACUAACGGGGUGAAAGGUUUACACGCUGAAAUCGAUGAGCCAACUUUUAUAAUGACAUUUGAACCAUCCGCUGAACCUUCUGCCAAACCUACUACUGAGGCAGCUGCUGAACCUACCGCUGAACCAUCUGCAGAACCUUCGCCUGAACCAACCGACGAACAGUCCGGCAACUCAUACAGCGAUUUACUUGUAGAACCAGUGGCCGAACCGACCGCUGAACCAGCUGCUGAGCCAAGCGCAGAACCCAGUACUGAGCCAUCCGCUGAACCAGCUGCUGAGCCAAGCGCAGAACCCAGUACCGAGCCAUCCGCUGAAGCAGGUGCAGAACCUAUCGCAGAACCAGCCGCUGAGCCAGCAGCUGAACCAACCGCAGAACCAGCUGCCGAACCAACUGCCGAACCUUCCGCUGAACCAACCGCGGAACCAACUGCCAAAUCAAAUACCGAAUUUUCUGUUGCUGCAUCAGUUAAAUCUGCAACUGAGCAAUCAUCUGUUCCAAAGCCUGAACCUACGGCUGAACCAACAGCUGAACCAACGGCUGAACCCAAUCCCAGUUUAGAACAAAGCCCAUCAACAGAAACUCUACCAGCCACACCGAAUUCUAAUAGCAGACUUCCAUCAGAUAUGUCAAUUGAACCGGAACCUACUUUAGAACCUACGCAAACGAACAUAGACCACCUUAUGCACAUACACUCAAAUUUGCCUGAAUCAGAGGCUACUACUGAACCAGAACCGACAUCAGAACCUGAAACAAUACAAGAUUCGAUUCAACAUAUGACAUCGACAGAACUUGGAUUGCAUAUACCAGGUGCAAUUGAUGAAUCAGACGAAAGUCAAGAAACUGAACCAACUUUUCUCGAAGUAAAACCAAAUAUUUAUAAAAAUGAAUUUGUCAUUGAUAGCGAAACGACUAAGACAAGUGACAACGAAACUCAAUCGAAUAGCAAACACCAUUUGCUGGAAACCAAAAACGAAACUGAAAUAACUACAGAAAGCGAUUGGUUAGAUAGUAGUCAGGGCAUUAUAAAUGUACAUAGACUUGAUGAAUUCACACAGUCUAGAUCAUUUUCAUCAGAUGAUAAUGAAAUAUUAGAUGAAACUACGACAAACAGAGAAAACAAUAACGAGGAUAUUUCUUUUAAUAAUCUAAUAAAUAGAAAUGUGGCCGUUUCAAAUGAAAAAACUACUAUUGUAAAUAACGAGGAAAUGACUACAAUGCCAUCUAUGGAAUACAGCGAAACUACGUCAGUUUCAAUGACCACACCUGCACCGAUAGUAACAUCAAAUUAUACUAACAGUGAGGUUAAGAUUCCUACUGAAAGUGAAACUAAAACAACUACUACAGUAGAACCAUCUAAAUCUAAUGAGGAUAUUUUAGUUCGUACUACUACAGCAGAACCUGAAGUAGGCACAAAAUUCUCAUUAAACAAAUUAAAUAAUUCUGAAGAAGAUAAAUACUUGAUGGAUGCUCUUAAAACUAAGACAGAAAAUCCUACAACAUCAGAAUCUGUUACUACAGAGAAAAGCGGACAAGAUGAUAAUAUGGAUAUAACGUUUGAAGACAUCAAAGCACCAGUUCUUUACAAUCGGUCUUCAAAAUCAAUAUUUGGUGAAAACACAACAACGCAAGGAACAGAAGAUAUAAACACGACAACCGAGUCAGACUGGCUUUUUGAGAACGUAACAGAAAUCCCAUAUGAUGACGACAUGAACAAAGUGAAAAAAGCUCUAACAACCGAAAGUCCCAUAAGCAAGACAGAUGAGUUAACAAAUCAGAGUGAUUUUGAACCUGAUUACUUCAAUAAUAUGGGCACUACUAACAGUAAAAUGGCUGAUACAGACGUGCCUAUUUAUGGUAUGGUACAAGAUUAUGAUGGCGACUUAAGAGUUAAAAGAGUUGAUGAAGAUAAAGAAACAAACACCACACCAGUAAUGUUAGUGGAAUUGGUGACAAAACCAGAUUCCAGAGAAACUACUACGGAAGGUAAGCUGCUCAACAAAGUUGAAACUACAACGAUAAGUGACUACAUUUACAAAACUACGGGACGAGAUAUUAUUGUAGCAUCACCAGAACCGCAACCAGCUCCUGUAUGGGAACAAUCUGAACCAGGUAUGGACUUUUCUGUUAAAGAAUUACAGUCAGAUUCAAACAAGAAUUCUGAGAUGACAUUAAGAAACAUUCCUGACGAAACAACAACCACUCCCGAAAGUACUAAAAAAGAUUUAGAAACUAAUGGUCGUGACGGCAGCAAAAAUGUUACACAGAUCAGUAACUUAAAUGUCAAUGUGUACGAGGUGUCUAGUCAUAAACAAAAUGAAUCCUUUUCGACUACAGGCACUAAUUCCCACUCAGCAGAACAAGAAGAACAGGAAUCUGAAAAUCCUUUCUUACCAGAAGUAGAAAACAAUAAACAUCUUGUUAAAAAAUUGCAAGAAGGUCAUGAUUUAGAACCAAAUAGUUUGAAUGAAACACAAAAUGAAAACCUGGAUAGUAUGUCAGACACACAAGUUUCGUCAAGUAAUGAAGCAGUAACGAUGGUUACAGAAAAAAGUGAUAAUACUACUGAGAUAAUUGAAAACAAUAGCACUGAUAACCUUAGCAAUGAAUCGGAACAAGACAAAAUUGAUAGGAUGACAAAUAAUGCAGAAAUAUCAAAAUGGGAAAACACAAAGAUGAAUGUUAGUAAUGGUAUGGAAUCUACUUCGGCUAUAUCAUCGUUCCUGCAAGAUACUGAUGAUUUAGACUCAAACUUUGUAACAACCACUGCGGAAUCGAAUUCAGUUCCAGAAGACCUCAGCGUGAUUCCUGUCGGUAAAAGCGUUUCCGAGAAAGAUUCAUUAAAGAACCUAGAUAAAGAAGCUAAUCAAAAUCUAAAUGACAUCACUAGUGAUUCAACAAAAAAUAGUGAUAGGACUCAAAAAGUUAUAAGUAGCAAACAAAAUUCUUUACUAGUUUAGAUAGUUUUGUACAGUAAGUUUUUAAUUGCUGUUAUAUUUCCUGUGAUUCUAUCGUAACUGUCGAACAAAUAAUUUGAACAAACAGUUUACACCAAUGUAAAUGCAACAGUCAUAUUGGUAUUAAAUGUAGGUACUAAUCUACUGUGUGAAUACAAAUGUAUCACUAAAUGGUGCCUAGCCUACCUACGUAAUGAGGAAUAUUAUCGUUGAGUAUGUCGACAUACCCAUAAUAUUUUAUUAGACUAGUCAAUCUAGGAAAGUCAUGUCAACUUGAGGUUUAGAUUUAUUUAUUGCUUCGAUAUUAUUGCAGAUUGGUGCAAAAGCUAACUUUCGCAAUUUUCUGAAUUUCCGUAACCGUAUUAUAAAUAUUUUCUCACGCACAGGAGAAAUUUUAGAGCAUAUUCCUACUAUAAAUUGUUACCAGAACUAAUGUAUAUUGUAGUUAUUUUAUCCAAAAUUACGGGACAUCAUGAAUGAUUGAAAUAUUAUAAUAUUACUAUGUGAUGAAUGAAAUAUGAUUCUGCCAUGCUGUAAUGUGAUAACUCGCAGAUAUAUGGACAAUCCAUUCGCACUUAUUUUAACUUAGAGGGUCUGACUGUAAUAUAAUAAUUAAAGUAGUAGUUGUUAACUAAGAUAUAUUUUGUAUAAAUGGUUGAAAUUGUAAAGAAUUACGUUGUAAAUAAAUUUUAAGUUAAAUACAGAAUUAUUUGUAUCAUUUAUACGUUAGUAACAUUUUAUAACAUCGCAAUAUCAUCCUUAUUCAGACAUCUUAUUUUGACUGUUUACUUUGAAUACAGUUAUAUUGAUACAAAUCAAUUAUAAUUAUGGAUAUUUAAAAAAUAAGUACAUUACUGCUUAAGGGUCUGUGCACACGACGUUUUUAAACGAACAGACACUACGUAAUUUACGCGUAUUACGAUAUUACGCAAAAAAGACGGAUUGCUAUCGCACAAUUGUAUCAUUAUUAACCUACACAAUGUAACACGUGAACGCUGAUAUUCUGAUUGUUUAAGCGUCGUGAUAAUACGACCUAAACGCAGGGCCGUGGCUAGGAGGAGGAAUUAUAGGACAAUGCCCUACAUUUAUUAGCGCUGCCCUAUCUUAAAUACAACUCUGGCUAUGUCCCUGCCCAAUCCCCGUAACAUGAGCACCACGAUUUACAUUAUAUCACUUUUUUUAUUUCGUCUAACUGUCAAACUGCAUAGUUAUUUGACAAUUGAGCGUGAUAAAA